AAACUCAGUAACUCGGGAAACCACCGUAGCCGAAGCUCUCAUCGACUCGCUCGCCUUGCCUACCACCGAUGGAUACAACCCCGGCCGACUCGCACUGAUAGGGGAUUUUGUGUUCUCCUGCUCUCCAACUUCUCUGCUCAAAGGUCUCGCACAGGGCGUCACCGGGUUAGCCGCAUUGGGUCGGUCGAACUUUUCCCUCCCGGCGCAGGACAUCCGUCCGAUGAGUACUUCAUAGGAGUUACUUCMGUCAAAGUUAACGGAAAGGCCCUAGAAUUAAACAAGACGCUUCUGGCCAUUGAUCAGAACGGUUUUGGUGGGACCAAAAUCAGCACCGUCGUUCCCUACACCACGAUGGAAACUUCGAUAUACAAAGCCUUGACGGCCGCUUUUAUCACGGAGGCAGCUUCACUGAAUCUCACCMUGACAGACCCAUUGAAGCCUUUCAGCGUAUGCUACGCAUCAAACGAUGUUUUCAGUACGAGAGUGGGACCGGCUGUUCCAACCAUUGAUCUGGUGAUGGAGAGAGAUGACAUAUUUUGGAGAAUCUUCGGGGCGAAUUCAAUGGUCAGGAUGGUUGGGGAGAAGGAGGAAGAGGUGGUGUGUUUGGGGUUUGUGGAUGGUGGGGCCAAUCCUAGGACCUCGAUCGUGAUAGGAGGACACCAGAUGGAGGAUAAUCUACUUCAGUUUGAUCUGGGGAUGAAAAGGGUUGGGUUCAGUUCUUUACUACUGAUCAAGCAGACCAAUUGUGCCAACUUCAAUUUUACUUCUAAUGAUAAUCUCAAAUAAAAAAUUAUUAUGAAUUCUGUA